UACUUGCAGGUAGAUCAGAUCUCAACAUGUCCAGCUUAGAGACCCAAAACCUCAUCCCACCUCCAGCCACCACUCACCACCACCCACCACCGCCACCGGAACCCGCCAAAAAACAAUCCAACUCAAUAACAUCACUCAUACUCCAACCAUUCCAAUGGCUAAAUAUGCUAUCAACCGAGCUCAACCCAUCGUUCAUCCUCGGUAUCUUCCUCAUUUACGGCCUCAGCCAGGGCUUUUCGGGCUCUUUCUUUAAAGUUGUAACCGAUUUUUACUGGAAAGAUGUUCAAAAGAUACAACCAUCAAAGGUCCAAGUGUUCAUAGGCUUGUACCACAUUCCAUGGGUCAUGAAGCCCAUUUGGGGCCUCAUGACUGAUGUGUUUCCGGUUAUGGGAUAUCGCAGGCGGCCUUACUUCAUUUUGGCAGGCGUGGUGGGGAUGGUGGCGGCGACUACGGUGGCUGAGGGUGGUGUAAGGUUGGGAGUGCCUGCUGCGUUGUGGUGUUUGAUAGCGGUUGCAGCUGGAAUGGCGAUGGCGGAUGUUACUAUUGAUGCUUGCAUUGCAAGGAAUAGUAUUGAGAUGAAGGAGUUAGCUCCGGACAUGCAAAGUCUUUGUGGGGUGUGUUCGUCGGCUGGUGCGCUUGUUGGUUAUGCGACUAGCGGUUUCUUUGUUCAUCAUCUUGGUCCUCAAAUUGCAUUGGGAAUUUUGGCAGUUCCAGCAGCAUCACAGAUAUUUUUAGGAUUUGUGAUCUAUGAAAAAAAAACAUCUGAUGACUUGUCUACCAAGAAAAGACAGGCGAUAGCUAACCUAGGAGGAGCACUAAAAGGCAUGUACGAGACCAUCCAGUUCCCGGAAGUCUGGAAGCCAUCGCUUUACAUGUAUCUUUCUAUAGCUCUAAGUUUUAGUACUCACGAAGGCCAGUUUUAUUGGUACACCGACCCUAAGGCGGGUCCCGCAUUUUCUCAGGAACUCGUUGGUAUGGUACACGCAAUCGGAGCAUUAGCGUCGAUUGUUGGGGUUCUAAUAUACCACAAGCUUCUUAAAGACUACCCCUUUAGAAAACUGCUCUUUUAUGCUCAACUCGUGUACGGCCUCUCUGGGUUUCUCGACCUCAUGUUCAUCUUACGGUGGAAUCUCGUUCUCGGGCUUCCCGAUUACAUGUUUGUCGUCAUGGAGGAAUGCGUUUCUCGCGUUGUAUCCAGGGUUCGGUGGAUGCCAAUGAUUGUGCUCAGCACGAGUUUGUGCCCAAUAGGCAUCGAAGGCACAUUUUUUGCACUGUUAAUGAGCAUCGAUAGCUUCGGUUCACUUUCUUCCAAGUGGGGCGGUGCGGUAAUAUUACACGUAUUUCACGUCAUGAGAACCGAUUUUCGAAACUUAUGGCUCGUGAUUCUUAUUAGAAAUCUCUUAAGACUUGCUACAUUAGGUUUCAUUUUCCUUGUCCCGAAUACAACUCGUUUUGACAUACAAAAUCCGAGCGAUAUCUUACAGUCGGGAAGCAAAAGUACAGAUCUUGAAACAAAUAGCGAUAGUUUGCAACUAGUGCCUUUAAAAGAACAAGAGGUUUGAUUGUAUAUUAAUUAA